UGGUAGUGUACCUAGGUAGUCUCGGUAGUGACACAGUGGAUUGGAUAGGUGGUGACGUUAGGGCAAGUGGCCAAUCAGUGCUAAUCUGUAGGUAGGUACUCGGCAAGUACCUCGCAGCCAGGCAUGAGCGGGGUGUUCUGAAGCAAGCAGGGGGCCAUGAGGGGUCCCCUCGAGUCCAGAAGCUCCAAAGUAGGUUUGCAACGCAAGCAACGCAGGUCAACAACUCAACUCGACGGAUCCAUUGACGUUGACUGACCGCCCCUCUGCUUCUACUCGACUUCUACUCUAUUUCUACUACUUCCGCUUCUGCUGUCACCUCCUUUCCCCUUUUCCUUUCCUACCGCCUUUCCUACUUCUCCCUAAAAUCACUCCAACGCUGUUCAUCAAACCUCAAAAACCGAAAACCAAAGAACCUCGUCAACCAUGUCUGCUCCCGCUGUGCCCGAGGGAGCUACCCUGCUCUCGACCUUCAAGCGUUCCUUCGUCGACGUCCCCGUCGAUGCUGACAACGACAAUGCCAUCUCCACAACCGAGUUCCUCGAUGCUGCCGAGUCCUUGACCACCAUGUUCGAUGCCCUCGGAUCCAUUGCCUUCUCGCCCGUCAAGUCCGACAUGCUAGGAAAUGUCAAGAAAAUCCGUGAUCGCCAGCUAGCUGCCCCCGCCGAAUCCGAAACUCUCCAGGCUCUCGUAAUCAACGAGCUCAAGUCCAAGUCCCACAAGGCUACCGAGGGUCUCGUGUGGUUAGUUAGAGGUUUGGAUUUCACCUGUAUUGCACUGAGCAAGAAUCUUGCCUCGUCCAGCGAGGAGCUUGCUGAGUCGUUCCGCGGCGCCUAUGGUGCUACCCUCAAACCGCACCACGGCCUCCUUGUCAAGCCCGUGUUCUCAGCUGCUAUGAGUGCCUGUCCUUACCGGAAGGACUUCUACCCAAAGCUGGGAGCUGACCAGACCGCCGUUACUAUCGAGUUGACAACCUACCUAAAGUCACUAGAGAAGAUAGUUGCCAUUCUCAAGGGAUUCCAAGACCGCAAGGAGGCCAAGUGGUAAUGAUCAAGACGUCUCUUGGGGAUAAAUACUGUUUCCUAGAUCAAGUAUUUGCGGAAGAAUAGCCUUGGAUUGGUUAGAAAAGAAUCAAGAGAAUUGAAAUCAGAGGUCUCUAGAGAAGAAGACUGUUCAAGACGAAUUUACACAGCAGCCACAAGAAAAGAAACUUAACAGCAAGCAUCAACGUUAACACUGCAUUUGAGAAAGCCGUGCAGCUUCCGAGAUGUGUGACAUGAAUCCACAAUUAUGGAUACUUUGCUGUAACGUAACUUCAGCUGAUAUACAGUGAUCUCGUUGUUACAAGUAAUAUGGCGACUCCGACAAACUAAACCUCUACACUAGGAAGAGAGACGAUGCCC